CUUCAGGCAGGCAUAUUUACACUCUGGAGUAAUGUGGCGCGUAAUCUAAAUGACCAUCUUAGUCCUGAAUGCCAGGAUACCACAAUGAAGCUUGUUGAGGCGACUGGGGGAAGGGCUGAUCCCAAUUUCAGGUUGCCCGUCUCCGACCCAAAAGGGGCAUGUAAGUUCGUGAAGACUUCGCGGCUGAUGACAAACCAUCUGGAAGGCAAUCGAGAGCCGAAGCUUUACAAUGCGCUCGAGAAACUGGCCGCCUGCAGCUUCGUCCCAACCGAUCUCUCUGUUUGUUUAUCUCAUUAA